AUUGCGAAAUAUUGUGGAAAAGGUGAAGGUGAUUGUGAAUCAUAAAUUUCAGAGGACAAAUAUUUUGACACUUUGUUCUCUCAAGGGUAAGAAUCGCAGAUUUCAAGGAAAAAAUAAUUAUUGCAAUAAAUCAUUGAAUCAAAAUGGAGAAAUUAACAGACAUAGAGUUAACAUCAGUCCAGUCCCAAGAACCUCAGCAUAGAAUGGUUAACAAUAACGCCAAUUCUAUCCUGAUACAGGAAGAUGAUGUAGAGACACCCUAUGGAAACUUCCACGUUGCUAUACAAGGUGACAGGUCAAAGAUGGCUAUUCUUACCUUCCAUGAUAUUGGAUUAAAUCAUGUGACAUGUUUCCAGGGAUUUUUCAAUUUUCCUGAUAUUCAGCAGAUACUGAGACAUUUCUGUGUUUAUCAUGUAAACGCUCCUGGUCAGGAGGAAGGUUCUUUACAUUUAAAACCUGAGCAUGAUGUCUUAGGCAAUCCUGAGUCUCUCGGUAACAGAUUUGUCUAUCCUACUAUGGAGCACUUGGCAGAGGGUAUACAGCAUAUUGUUGAUCAUUACAGUAUCAAGAGGUUUAUUGGGUUUGGAGUUGGUGCAGGAGCUUAUAUUCUUUCAGAAUAUGCUCUUGAGCAUCCAGAACAUGUAGAUUCAUUGGCAUUGAUUAACAGUACAGUUGGCAAAGCAGGUUGGAUAGAGUGGGGAUACCAGAAGUUAAAUUCUUGGUAUCUGUGGAGUGGUCAGAUGACCAAUUUUACUGAGGAUUACCUGCUGUGGCACUGGUUUGGAUAUAAGACUAAAUAUGAAAACCAAGACUUAGUCCAUGUUUUCAGAGAAUAUGUCAAAGCCAUUAAUCCACAGAAUCUCUCAUUGUUCAUUGAAUCAUACCUCAAACGUAGGGAUCUUGGUAUUGUAAGAGAACUUGAUCCUAUCAAAAGGCCACAUGCCAGGACUAUCAAAUGUAGAAGUAUUUUACUUGUUGGAGAUGAUUCACCACACAUUGACCAAGUCACUGAUAUGAAUGGGAGAAUGGACCCUCAGGAAACAGAUUUUAUGAAAAUACAGGAUUGUGGAGGGAUGCCAUUGGAAGAACAGCCAGGGAAAGUGUGUGAAGCAUUCAGAUUAUUCUUGCAAGGCAUGGGAUAUGUGCCAACGUUAAGAGCCCCACAAAAUCCAGCUCAGCAAACACGACAUAGUCCACUUAGGAAAGAAGUGGAUUUCAGCAAAAUCCAACCUGUUUGUUAGUUGUUUAUUAUUAUAUGUGCUUGACACUUGAGUAUUGUGAACUGUAAACAAAAUAAUAGUAGACACAAUUUUUACAAACAUUGUAUGUUGAAUUAUUUGCAUAUGAUGUAAAUCAUUUACUUACAGAUUUAUGUUGCUUCUUAUAUUUAUGUGUUUACCAUUAUAUUAAUGCAUAAAUUCACAAAUGAAGUUUUGAGAAAUUGCUGAUUGACCUUCGUUAAAGCUAUAAGUGAUUUAUUUGGGGUUAAUUUCAAUAUUUGAAUAAAACAUUACUGUAACAUUAUAAUUUGUAUGAAAAUUAUCAAUUUAAAUACUUAAUAAGGUGAGUUUUGUCAUUGAAAAUUGCUAUUUCUAAAACACAUCUGUGAUAAAAUUUUAAAAAAUUAAGUGAAUCACAAUUUACUGUGAAGUUAUGAUACUAAAACGGUUUUCAUUGAUUGACCUCAUUAGGUGUUCCAAUCAAUCAACUUGUUUAUUUAAAAUUAUGAAUUAAAGUUUUUGAAAAUUGAAAAAAAAAUAAUUGCUAAGGUGGCUGUCUCUUAAAAUCAUGUGUGUAUAGAGAAAAUCUGCGUAUUUGGACAGACAUCUCAAAGGGAAGAUGAGUGCAAUGUAUCAUACAUAAUCAUGAUAAUUAUUGGAUUGUUGUUGUAUAUACUUCAUUGUUGAUUAUUUUAUGUAAAAAUUAUUGAAAUUAUGUGAAUUUAUAAUAAUGUAUAUAUAUGUGUUUUUUAAUGAGUAUAUUUAUAUUAUGUUAUGUGAUAACAGACCCAUGCUUUACUGGGUUUGCUAUAUGAUUUAAACAGUGCAGUAAUAUUGUUAUACUUCUAAUAAUAAAACAGUUUGGCAAAAAAGUCAGAAACUAAAUAUUUUUUCUAUUAGACCAAAAUGUGUUUACUUAAAAACCUAUGGACAAAUACUAAGUGAAUGUGUAAAUGUUUAUAGAUUAUGAACAAAAGCUAAUCUCUUGUUCUAUGUAAGAUUUUUUAUAUGUAUGCAGUUCUGUGUUACUACUGAAAAGGUUUGUGAGAAUGAAGUACAUGUAUUUGUCCUUGAUGUCAGAAAGAAAGGUCAUGCAAAUUGUUUUUGUAAUUGAGGUAUGAGCAGAUUAAUUUAUCUAUUAUAGAGAAUUGCAUUUUUAUGAAUUUUUAUGAAGAGUUCAAUAUAAAUACAUAAGAAAAGUAGUAUUUUUGGAACAUACAUGUAUUGUAUGUAUAUACAAUUUUGUUCAAAAUGUAAAUAUGUAAUAAUUGUUUCAGCACUCACAAGAUCAAUUAAAGAAAAGAAGAAAAAACAAGGAAUCCUCUGAAUUGACUAUGACUAUGUUCCUCAACCCUGACAAGGUUCCCUCAACAAAAUGUUGUAUAUAUUGGUAGAUUAGGAUCAUUGAGGUCCAGUUCUUCAUUUGACCGCUGUAUAAAGUUAUUUAUUUUCUAUAUUAUUUAGGACAAAUAUUAAUUACUGGAUAAAAGUUUUAAACAACUGAACCAAUCUCUUUAAAUGUUUGUAAGAAAAUAGUACAUCGAUUAUCUACUUACUUCAGGUAUUCUGGUUUCCACAGUAUAAAUUUGUCAAAUUUUUGCUUCAUUCUUGUUAAUAAAAUGUUGCAAAAGACAAAAUGAUGAAAGUUGAAAAAAAAACUUUAAAUAUAUACAUUGAGGAAAAUCUACCAUUUUUACACUGUUUUCUAGAUUUUAUAUCUCUAAUCAAUAUAAUAUUAUUUUAUUUUCACAUUGCUGAGAAACAAAUGAAAAAGAUGAAAAUAUAAAAACAGAAAGUGAAAAUUGUCUCAUACUAUAGUUUCUAUUUGAUUAGAAUGUUAGACUUAGACUUAUCUUUAAAGAAUCUCAGAUCAUUUUAUGUUAUAAGGAGAAAAUAAUGGCAUAAUCAGUCAGGUGUUUCCAGUGAAACAUAGCUUGAAACUGCCUCAUCAAUGAAUAUUUUUUGUGUUUAAUUGUGAUGUAUUUGUUCAUAUCAAGUCGAGUGUUGUUGUAAUUCCCAAGAUUUGUUGUCUUUUUGUUGUGAGCAUUUAUCUGUAGAUGUAACCCUGUGCACACAUUACUUUGUACAUAUAUUGACUAAACCAUGUGAAUAUUUAAUUGUAAUUAGAUAUUUAAGCUUUGUAAUGUUUAUUUAUGAAUCAUUCCACAGAAAUUUUUCACAGAAAUCAGCAAUUAAAUGAUUAGAGAAAGUU